CCGCUGAUAUUUUAUUGUUUUGCGACAAUACGCGAGUUCCGGUGGUACGGACGUUUUGCGAGUGUUGUUUUGGUGAUUUUUUAAGUGAUUGCCGAUGAAACAGCUGUGAUUGCCGCUUUGUUUUAUCUUCAAUAUCGACAUAAAUAUGUCAUCUCCGACCCGCGAAGCUGAGAUCAACGUGGUUUCCAGCCCGGAUUCUUCCAGCCGAAACUCUCCCGAACCAGACACCUACCGCCUCAUCAACCACAACUCGAACAUUUCUUACCCAGUGAUAAAAACCAGUGAAGACGAAGAAAGGACUGAAAAAGACACUAAGAAGUGUGUAGGUGGAUCCACAAACUUUUCUAUUUCGAGUAUUUUAUCGAGAGCCGAUCCGACGGUGAAGAAAAAUGGUGGUUUCAUGUCUGGUGUGCCAGGAGGGAACGUGCUGGAGGCUAGCGGAAUUGGAGGAGGUGCUGAUAAUGGAGUAUUAUCCAGGUUAGGAUUGAUGUCCCAUUUUGGUGCAUUGGCGGCGGCUAGUAGCAGAUACGCAGCUUUAUGCGGAAAUCCUACAGAUCCCAGGACGCUUCCUUGGUACUGGGGCCGAAUACCCUCCCAAGUCCCCAAAGAGCAACCUAGUCCAACAGGUGGAUCAACAACCGAAGACCCCAGCCCGCCGAUGUCUCCACAUCCCCAACCAAUCACCAACACCGAGAGUCGUUCUUCUCGCCCCUCUUCUCCUUCAGACCACCAAAGAUCGCCACCUUCUAGUCCAAACAAUUCAAGUAUCAUUCCAUCCUCUCACCCAGCUUUCCUCGAUCAGAAUUAUAUUAAUAUUAGAUCAAAAAGUCCUUAUCGAGAAAACGAGAAUUUGGUUAUAGAGGAAGAUAUAGAAGACGAAGAAAGCGAUUACGAUAAUGAUAAAGACAAAAAGGGAAAUGGUGCAAGUAUGAGUCCUGGGAAUUCGUUAUCGAAUAAGCGAAAAAAGAAAACCAGGACUGUGUUCUCGAGGUCGCAAGUGUUUCAGCUGGAGAGUACGUUUGACAUGAAGAGGUACUUGUCGUCUUCGGAAAGAGCGGGAUUGGCGGCUAGCUUGCAUCUUACAGAAACUCAGGUAAAAAUAUGGUUCCAAAAUCGCAGAAACAAGUGGAAGCGGCAACUAGCAGCGGAACUUGAAGCUGCCAACAUGGCUCAUGCAGCCCAACGCCUUGUCCGAGUACCGAUCCUCUACCACGAAUCUGCAAAUUCCUCGAUACGACAUCCAUUCGAACAAAACCAUCCUCUCAGUCUUCAUCAUCCUUUGGAAAGUAGAGACAGCGGUAGCGCCGGCGGUACCUCUGUGGUAUCAUCACCUGGAUACCCCAGCAGUUUGUACUACCACCACCAGGCAGCAGUGGCCGCUGCUGUACAUAGUCUGCCUUCUAGUCCUGUAAGUAGGCCGCCUAUGUCUGGAUUGGUGUGAAUGUAAAAGAACUAAAAAGUUGGACUAGUGGCUGUAAUCUAAGAAUGUUUUAAUAAAAUUACAAAUAUAUCAAUAAACUCUUUAAUAUGGAUAUCAAUAAACAAUAAAUCAAAAAUAUUCGUAAUAAGUCUAUACUGAAAUGUUUUUUAAAUUUUGAAGAAAUUCUUAAUUUCUAUUUCUGAGUUUUUGGGGGAGGGGGAACUUUUCAUUGGAACACUCUGUAUUUAUUUCAUAAGAUUUUAAAGUACUCAAACUUUAAACGAUCGUAAUUAAUUAAUUUUUUUAUUUGGAAAUAAAGCCGAAAUUUAAUUUCAAACGUAAAUGGUGGCUUUAUUCUUAAAUAAAAUAGUAAAUUGUUUAAUAUGUCAUAAGGAAACAGCUUCAGAAUAAUAUUAAUUAAUUCUUAGAGUGCAGCAUGGACCUUCUAAGUGAUAUGUACAUUGUUAAGUGUAUAUAAAAAUGGGUUUACGUGCAAAUGACUUUUUAAUAUGUAAGUGCUUCAUAUUUAUAAAGAAAAUGAUGAAACGCCAAGUAACCUGUAAUAUUUUUUUAACGAGUUUCACUAAAUAUUUCUCGACUUUAACUACAUAGAUUCUAACAAAUAAUUCUAUUAUAGAAGAACUAAAGUUCUGUAUCUGUCAAGAAAAAUCCAACUGCAACAAUUGAAAUAUUUACUUUGAACUGCAACAAUUGAAAUAUUUACAAUUUGGUACUUUUAUAUAACUUUGGUAAAUUGCCCGGAGUUGGUAAGUCUAUGGUUGCUGUAGGAAAUGAAAUUUAUUUUUGCCUUUUAUGGCGUAGAGUAGUUUUUUUUUAAUUUAAACCAAUAUCUUCUGAUAUUUUAUUAACUGGUUACCAUUUUCCGCGAUUGUCUUCUUUAGAAUAUCAUCCAGUAGAAUCAGUAUUAGCUACAGCAUUAUUAUAUUAUCUGAGAAUAUACACAGCGUUUUUGUAAAAAACUUUUGGCACACGGGAAUUCAUUCACGGUAAGCUUGUGGAAAGAAACAUUUCUUACUAAAUGUUCCUUCCUUUCUUGGGGAAGUUUUAGGGACAAAUCUACUCCUAAUUAGUUUGACAGUUAUAUUACAAAAUAAAAAUUAUUCUACACUAGACUACUACUAGACUUCAGUAAUUUCUACAGUUUGUUUCUAUAGUCUUCAGAGAGGUUUUCAGUACACUUAAAUUUAAAUUUACUACAAUCGCUUUGCUAUUUUGUUUUUCGUUAUAAAUAUGGGCCCCAUCUAACCGUCUUUUUUUUCGUAUUAUUUAGUUUCCAAUUUACGCCAUGUUUUAUUGGAUUUUUGCAGGAAAAAAAUGUGCUGAAAUUUAAUAAACUAUCAUAGUCUAAAAUUCUUUAUCGGAUUAUCACAUGAAUAAUAGUUUGUUAAAAUUAACAAUUUUGUAAUCUUCAUCUCCGAUAAAGAUAAUUGUCAGUUUUUAACUCAGAAAUAUUUCUAAUAAAAUUAAUAACUUUACACAUGAAAAAGAAAAUAAAUGAUUUUCCCGGAAUCCCGUAUUAUAAAUAUGUUUACAAUUACAACAAAGUAUUUUUAUUAGUAAAGUUAUACAUAUAUGGGUUUGCUGUUAUUUAAAAAUAGCAGUUAAUAUUUUGACCGCAAAAGUUAAUAAAAACAUUCAUUCUAAGCAAAAAAUGAUCUAUACAUUUUUGUGAUAAAAUUAAUAGUUUUUGAUUUAUUCGCUACCGAAAGUGAAAUUUUUGCCGUAGAACAAAUUUUAUCAAACCAAUUUCUUGUGAAUUAAAUUACCUACCUAAACAUUUUUUCGUAUCUCUGAUGCUAAUCUUUCUAUUCUGAAGAAAAUGACAUUUUUUACCAAAUUGCAAACAUUCUUUAUUCGUUUUAAACUUCAGUUUUUUAAAAGCUAAUCAUUCUAAGCCAGUCCAACUUCUAGAAUCUAUUAAUAAUACAUAAACAAAGAAGAAUAAAUAAGGCCAAUGACUAAAAACAUCGCUAACUUACGUUAUUAUGCUUCCAAUUGGAUUUCUCUUUUUUGUUAAAAAAAAAAAAAUAUAUUGAUUUUUUAAUCGUAACUUAUUUAUUUUUUAUCUUAGAAAGUUCGUUAAAAAAGACUUUUGUAGGUUCUUACAAGAUCUAUAAGGCUAUUAAUAUUAAAUCCUUCUAAAAUUCUCAGUCACAAAAAGAGGUGGCAUUGAAUGGGUUGGUAAAGGUGGUUUUUGCAUGAUAUUACAACUUUUAAUUAUCAAUAGCUCACUCAAUUUUUGCCGUAAAAAAAUUUUUUGCAAUCCAAUUUCUUGAGAAUUAAAUAGGCUACAAUUUAAUAUUUAAAUAUUUUGUCGUAUCUCUAAUGCUAAUCUUCCUAUUCUGAAGAAAAGGGCAUUUUUUACUAAACUACAAAAACUCGUUAUUCGCUUUUAACUCAAUUUUCUUAAAAACUAAUCAUUCUAAGCCGAUAAAACUUCUAGAAUUUAUUAAGAAUGCAUAAAUCAUGGAAACGAAAUCAGGUCAAUGACAAAUUUUAAUUAGGGUCGUGAUUAGGGGGUUGUUUACGAUCACCUUUUCGCUGAAAACGAAAUAGGGACUGACAUUCUUUUCAUUUAAAGUCGCUUAAUUUUUUAGCUAGAGAUUCUUUUCAUUUCUGGAGAUAAAUAUUUUUAAAUGCUUUAAUUUAGUUUCAACAAGUUAUCCUCGAAGAAUGCAUAGUUUUCCGUCCUUUGACUUUGAAACUACAAUAUUUUUAGCACUUGACGAAGAAGAGCCAACAUAAUAUAAUAAAGUAUAGUUCGAUUACUAUUGGUCUUAAAGAAAAUAAAAAAAAAAACGGUUUUGUUUAUUUUUUCAAAAUGUACAUUUUUGUUAAGUAAAGUUGUUUUGAUAAAACAAAAACUUUUUGAGAUAUUAGCAGAAAACUUAUUAAAAACAUUGAUUUUUUCGAUAUAAAACUAACACUUUCGAUAGCGAAUAAAUCUAAACUAUUAAUUUUAUGAAAAAAAUGUAUAGAACGCUUUUUGCUUAUAAUGAAUGAUUUCCACCCCCGAGAUGGGGUGGCAACCACCCCCAUGGUAAAAGCGCCUUUCGGCAUCAUAUAGAUUUUGAUCCUUGAACUAUCCACUACUUAUUUUCAAAUUUUCAAGCAAAUCGAUCCAUUCUAUAAAAAUUGCGAGGGUUUGUCCUAUUUUAAGCUUCAUUACUUGGACUAUCAAUAAAUGCUAAGGGUACAUAAUUCGCAAAUAUUUUACGUGUAUCCCUACUUUUUCUGUCUUUACACGGCAAAUUACGUGUAGUAAAAUUCACACUGGUAUGGAUAUGUAAACAAUACUAGAAUGUCAUUCUACUUGAAAAUGUCAUCAUUAAUUUAAAGAGAUGGCUUUUGAAUGUUCUUGGAUAACCGUUAUGUUUAUAAUUGCAAAUAAUUAAUUUAGAUAAUAAAUGUGAUAAUUUUUUCACUAACUAUGUAUUCAGUGAUUGUAAUAAUUUAUUUGUACAACAAAAACUAAUACUCAAUCGAGAAAAGAGGAAAAGUGUUAAAGUGAUUUUUUAAUAAUAUAUUGUUAUGGAACGCUUACAAUUUUGAACAUCUUUAACAACAAAAUACUUGGAUCACAGAAUAUAUUAACCUGAUGUAUUCUCUGCUUGGAUCUUCCACAAAUAAUACACAAUAAAUAACUUUUUAUUAAGUUCACGUCUUAAAUCAAUUAUUUAUCAAAUACACUAUAUAUCAAUAAUAUUAAAUCAAUAACUCAAAAUAUUCCCGAUGCAAUGUCAAACAUUUAAAAUUGUCACUGAUUGUCAGUGUCUGACUGACAAUAUAUGCUGACAAUAUUAUAUUCGGCUGAGUGAGUUGUAAGACAAAGAUAGAUUUGGAAAAUAUUACCACUGCAUUAUGUUCAUUUUUUUCGAAUCCUGAAAAAACCAAUAAAUAUUUUUGAAAAAUUUAAACGCAGAAUGAAAGACUAAAUUAUUACCGAGGGCCGAAAGUCCCUUAGAAUUAAUAAAAAGUUUAUUUUGAAUGAGAAAUUUAAAAUUAAAAAUCACACUAAAUUUUCUCUUAGUUUUUCACCCCUGUAACUUAUUAAAAUAAACAUUAUAGAAGUUCUCAGGGACUUUCGGCCCUCGCUAAUAACGUAAUCUUUCAUUCCGCGUUUAAAUUUUAAAAAAAUACUUAUUAGUUUUCUCAGGAUUCGAAAAAAAUGAAUCCCCAUUUGAAUAGCAUUACAGUCGAAAAUACGUACCGAUCCUCUUAAGUCUAGGUACAUUAAAAACCAAUUCCUCAAUUUUUGGAACAAAAUCUGUAUCAUUAUUUGCCUUAGUAUUCGAAAUAUUUAGUGAAAUUCAACAAUAUUUUAAAAUAAUUUCAAAAAGCUCAAUUUUAAAUAAAAGUGUUGUGUAAUUAUUUUGCUGUUAGUGCAAAUCGUACUUAUAUUUAUACAAAAUGCUAUUGUACAUACUUUUUUGUAAAUGUGUCUAUUCAUGUAGGUAUUUGUACAUAUUCAAAUUUGUAUGCAACAGGUUACCUAUUAUGCCAAAAAUUAAA